GGGGAAUAUGAGUCGAUCCGAUGGCAUACAUGUACUCGUACAAUAGAGUGUGGAAUUCGAUGACAGCCUUGCGUGCACGGACCAGUUCGAGCUUCAGACCCUCAACGAUUUUUGAAGACACAGUGACAGCCUUUCCACGACCGUGAGAUUCCAGAGCUUUCCUGACCCAAAUCAACACAUCCACGGGAAACCUCCCUCGGAUUUCCAUGAUAGCGACGCAGAACCGCAAACGAUAUCUGCUGCCAUGCCUUCCCUACUCAUCGUUGUGUUUGUCCUCCAGCUGGUUAUCCAUUUGCUGAAUACCUUUGGAGCUGGGGUGAUUAAUAGUGUUGUAUGUAUUCUUGCCUCUCUGUUUCCACUUCGUUCUUUCUUCCUCCUUCGUUGUUAUUUUAGCGUUCUGGAAGGGAUUUUACUAAUGGGAUUAUGGUAAUAGCUAUGGAAUCUAUACAACCUCCUUCCCGUUCCAACCUCGAAAUCCGCCGCAGAACAGAAAGCGCUGAAGAGGGAGUUUGUGAAGGUGCGCAAGGAGAUGAAUGGGACGAGUAGCCAGGACGAGUUUGCGAAGUGGGCGAAGUUGAGGAGGCAGCAUGAUAAGUUGUUUGAGCAGUUGAAGGAGAGUGGUAUGUUUAUUUUCUUGCUUCGUUCUCUUGGACUAUGGGUGGUUGUUUUAUAUGAUUUUCUCUUGUUGCUAUGGAAUUGCUAUGGAAUGAUUUACUGACGACGGUCUUGCACAACAGAAGCCAAGUCCGAUUCUACCAAGAAAACCUUCGAUUCCGUCGUCAAUGGCCUCCGAUGGCUCGGUCUCAACGGCGUAAGAAUGCUCCUGCAAAUGUGGUUCCAGAAACAACCGAUGUUCUGGAUUCCAAAGGGCUGGGCGCCUUAUUGGGCGGAGUGGCUGCUUUCUUUCCCUAGGGCCCCGGUGGGAAGUGUGAGUGUGCAGUCUUGGUCUGUUGCUUGUAUGGCGGUUAUCUUGUUGGUUAGUGAUGCGCUUGUUGCUGCCGUGGCGUUGGUGGUUACUGCUGGGACGAAGACGAGGACGAAGAAGAUGGAGGAGCCUGUGAAGGCUGAAUCUGGGAAGAAAGCUAAGGGGGAGCAGACACAGGAGAAGAAGGAACUUUAGAUUUAUAACCAUGAUGGGGUUUAUAAUGUUUAUUUUGCAUUUAUGAGUAUGAGAUACCUUUUGUCACAAUUUGUGUAUGGUACAAGUAUGGAGGAUCUAGAAAUGUCUCUCAACAAAAAGACGCAAAAGUCGCCAUGGCUUUCGCUGGGACUUUGCAACACGAGUGAGAUGACUCUUGGCAGAGUACUUUGGGCUUGAUCUGGGCAUACUUUUUGACUAUGAGGACCAUGGGAGAGAGGAUCACUCAAAGCUUCGAAAGUGCCACUGGAAAGUUGAAGUCGCGGAUAUUAUUCAGGACUUGAAAUUUGAAGACAAGAUGAGGAAAUCGUAAG